AGAAAUACAUACGACCAUGACAGACACGCGUCAGUUCGGAGAUCUUGCCACUCAACUUGUCCUCGAAUCGCGUCGCUCAACGCUUUCUGAUACACUCUUAAAGUAUAACGACAAUCUGGUUCGAUCCGUCAUCAGGGAGCAACGCGAUCUCGAGAAGUUGACGGAGAGCGCAGAGGAGGUCAGCCCUGCUCUCUUGAUCUACCAGACUGCCAUCGUACGAAACAAGCGAUGCCUGCUGGCGUACCACAAGCACCGCAUGGAUAGAUUGCGCGAUAUGUACUGGGUUGCGGGCGGCGCGCUUCCACACAUCCUCAGCAAUCAGGACAUUCGGAGCAAACUCUCCCCACAUGAAGUAGAUUUCCUUCGCCAAUACAGUGCAUCGGUCAUGGAUUAUCGUGCGGAAUUCUCAAACGAGCUGGAUAUAACUGCCAGCAUUACCCACCCACCCAAGGAUUUGCAUGUCCUGGUACGCGUCGUGAGAGAUUGUGGGGUCAUACAAACCGAACUUGGAAGUAUCGACUUUCAGAGGGGUCAAAGAUUCAUGGUCAGAAGAGCCGACAUAGAACAUCUGAUUGUACAGGGAUAUCUAGAGGAGGUGUAGUAGUGAAAUCGUGGCUGUGCUCGCACCAUUUCGGGAUUCCUGUUGUGCUCAACGCUGGCUUCGAGCAAGCACAUCAUCCAUCAUGAUUGCCACAAGACGGUUCCCGAAGUCCACGCCCAUUUUUCUAUUCAGUCAUUCUCGAACCACCCUGUCUGUCUUUCGUCAGGGACGAGUACGACAUUCUAGUUCUUCGUCGCCUUCGUCUGGCGACGACGUCGACCGGAGUAACCCCGGCGCGAUCUCGGAUCAGGAGUGGGACGUCCGGACAGUUUCUUGUCGUG